UUUACUUUUACUUUUACAUUAGAGUCUUUGAAACUUAUUUAAUGUCUAUAUCUUGCAGCGGUACCGAAGUAUAGCCCAAGUCAUCAACCACAACAACAAUACCCGCAAGCUACUACUACUACUACACCAACAACAACAACAACAACAACAACAAUGCUCCCGCAACAACAACUGCCAAUCCCAUACAUUGUGCCUCCCCAUCUGGAGGAAUACAACAUCCCGCUGUCCGCGUUCGCGGCCGCCCGUCCUCAGUUCCACAACAUCGUCGGCAGUGCGUUCAUCUUCUCGACCACCGUGCCGGACGCUGUGACUUCGAUUACUACAUCUGCUUCUGUUUCUGCUCCUACAACGAGCUCAAGAAGAGCAGCGCAAGGGAAGACAGUAUCCACGACGACAGCAUCUACACCUCCGCCUGUAUCAGCAUUCCCAUCCCCCUCCCCCUCAUCACCCACCCCAACAGCAGCAACAGCAGCAACACAAUCCCCACAGACCCCGACUUCCUCCUCCUCAUCCACUACAUCAUCCACAACCUCCACCCCCGCAACAACCCCUGGCACGACCCCCGACGACCACCAGCCCCACAGCCUCUCACCCGAACCCGAACCCGAGCCCAAAACCCUCCUCCUCCAACGCAGCAUCACAGACUCCUACCCCGGCCACUGGGAGAACCCGGGCGGGCUGAUCGACCCCGUCCGCGACGCCACUGUGCUGGCGGGCGUGGCGCGCGAGGUCCGCGAGGAGACGGGGUUCCACGUGUCGCGGUUCGUGGAUCUGGUUUGUGUCGACGAGUGGACCAAGAUGAAGCGCGGCGUGCUGCUGCAGGAGACCAAGGUGACGUUUCUGGUGGAGGUGCGGGAGGCGGUCGCGGCGGGCUGGGAGGCAACCGUGAAAUUGGCAGAGGGGGAGCAUCAGGCUUUUGUGUGGGUCGGGGAAGGGGAGGUGCGUGGGGUGGUGAGGGAUAAGGGGAGGAAGAGGAAGGCGAGUGGCGGGGCUGGCAGGCUGGGGGUGGGGUUUAUUAAUGAGCAAGGGGGGAUGUGCUGA